AUGAAGCUCUUGUGGCAGGUAACUGUGCACCACCUCCGCCGCCGCCACCGCACCUGGCCGGGGCUCCUGGCCGCCUCCCUGACCCUGCACGCGUGGCUCCUGGCCACGGCCGCCGCCUCGCCGGGCCCCCAGAGCUGCCCCUCCGCGUGCUCCUGCAGUAACCAGUUCAGCAAGGUGGUGUGCACCCGCCGCGGCCUGGCCGAGGUGCCCCCCGGCAUCCCCUCCAACACCCGCUAUCUCAACCUCAUGGAGAACAACAUCCAGAUGAUCCAGGCGGACACCUUCCGCCACCUGCACCACCUGGAGGUGCUGCAGCUGGGCAGGAACGCCAUCCGGCAGAUCGAGGUGGGCGCCUUCAACGGCCUGGCCAGCCUCAACACCCUGGAGCUCUUCGACAACUGGCUGACGGUGAUCCCCAGCGGGGCCUUCGAGUACCUGUCCAAGCUGCGGGAGCUGUGGCUGCGCAACAACCCCAUCGAGAGCAUCCCCAGCUACGCCUUCAACCGCGUGCCCUCCCUCAUGCGCCUCGACCUGGGCGAGCUCAAGAAGCUCGAGUACAUCUCCGAGGGCGCCUUCGAGGGCUUGUACAACCUCAAGUACCUCAACCUGGGGAUGUGCAACAUUAAGGACAUGCCCAACCUGACGCCCUUGGUGGGCCUGGAGGAGCUGGAGAUGUCGGGCAACAACUUCCCCGAGAUCAAACCGGGCUCCUUCCACGGGCUCAAAUCCCUCAAAAAGCUCUGGAUUAUGAACUCGCAGAUCAACCUGAUCGAGCGCAACGCCUUCGACGACCUGACGGCGCUGGUGGAGCUCAACCUGGCCCACAACAACCUGUCGUCCCUGCCCCACGACCUGUUCGCCCCGCUGCGCUACCUGGUGGAGCUGCACCUGCACCACAACCCCUGGGACUGCGACUGCGACAUCCUCUGGCUGUCGUGGUGGCUGCGGGAGUACAUCCCCACCAACUCCACCUGCUGCGGCCGCUGCCACGCCCCGCUGCACAUGCGGGGCCGCUUCCUGGUGGAGGUGGACCAGACCUCCUUCCAGUGCUCGGCGCCCUUCAUCAUGGACGCGCCCGCGGACCUCAACAUCUCGGAGGGGCGCGUGGCCGAGCUGCGCUGCCGGACGCCCUCCAUGUCCUCGGUGCGGUGGCUGCUGCCCAACGGGACGGUGCUGAGCCACGCCUCGAGCCACCCGCGCCUCUCCGUGCUCAACGACGGCACCCUCAACUUCUCGCACGUGCUGCUGACCGACACCGGCCUCUACACCUGCAUGGUGACCAACGUGGCCGGCAACUCCAACGCCUCGGCCUUCCUCAACGUCAGCACGGCCGAGCUCAACACCUCCAACUACAGCUUCUUCACCACCGUCACGGUGGAGACCACCGAGAUCUCCCCCGAGGACGUGUCCCCCAAGUUCACCAAGCCCGUGCCCACCACCUCGACGGGCUACCAGCCGGCCUACACCACCACCACCACCGUGCUGGUGCAGACCACGCGCCCGCCCAAGCAGGUGGCCGUGCCCACGGCCGACGCCGGCGACAAGCUGCAGACCAGCCUGGACGAGGUGAUGAAGACCACCAAGAUCAUCAUCGGCUGCUUCGUGGCCGUGACGCUGCUGGCCGCCGCCAUGCUCAUCGUCUUCUACAAGCUCCGCAAGCGCCACCAGCAGCGCAGCACCGUCACCGCCGCCCGCACCGUGGAGAUCAUCCAGGUGGACGAGGACAUCGCGCCGGCCACCGCGGCCACGCCCGCGGCCGCCCCGGCCGGGGAGGGGGCCGUGGUGCUGCCCAACAUCCACGAGCACCUCAACUACAACACCUACAAGGCCGGACACGGCGCCCACUGGACAGAGAACGCGCUGGGCAACUCCCUGCACCCCCCCGGGACCACCCUGGCCGACCCCUAUUUAAUCCAGACCCACCCCAAGGAGAAAGUUCAGGAAACCCAGAUAUGA